AUGGCCGUUCGCCCAGGCGCCCAACGGACCACCGGCGCCGCCACUGGUGGCUUCGAACGGAGCUGGCGUGGAUGGGAUGGUCAUGAACGCGGCGGAAGUACUCAUUGCAAGGGCCGCCACAAACCCAUUCCACGAUGGGUACUACCAGCUGUACCAUCGGAGGCUUCAACAGCAUGCGCCGGGUUCUUCGGCCCGGGGGCCUACCCAGGAUACCCUGGGAAGUUGAUGAACGAUAGCAAAAGCCAUGCAAGUUCUAAUGUUUAUGCUCCCGGCUUCUCUUAUCCAUUGGAGACCCCCCUAGAAGUCUCAGAUUUGAUUCAACAGGCAUGCAAAGCAACCAAGUAUUUCGAACUGUGUGUCUCAACUUUGUCAUCUGAUCCUGAUAGCUACAAGGCUGAUCUAUAUCAGCUCACCAACAUAUCACUACGGAAUUCUUUGGACUAUGCUUCAGCUUCUUUCAAGACCGUCUCUAGGAUGUUCAAUGACACAGGUGAUCUCAACCUAAAGAAAUGCCUUAUUAGAUGUGCUAAAAAUUACGAAAGUGCAAUUGACGUUGUUCGGAUAGCUCUCCGGUCCCUGGCUUCAAAGAAGUACGAUGACCUUCAGACUGAGGUAGGGACUGCAUCUGACGAGGCUGCAGCAUGCGAGGAAGCUUUCAACAAUUCUUCCCCACCUAAAAUCAAAUCUCCAUUAACCGAAAGAAAUGUGAUUAUGAGCGAACUCUGUCAAAUUAGCAUGGAUAUUGCGCUUUUACUUGGGAAAUGA